AUGGCUAUUACGGAACUUCCUGAGCCAAUAUCACGUGAGGAGAUGAAGAAAAAUGAAGUGCCGAUCGCCUUCAGAGAUAGAUGUGCUGGGCUAUUGAUCCCCCUUAACAAGUGCAGAAAGGAAGGAUGGUACAUGCCAUGGAAUUGUGUCGAAGAGAGACAUGACUAUGAGCACUGCCAGUAUUUGGAUUUCAAGAGAAGAGUUAGAGAGUUGGAGGAGUUUAAGAAGGCCAGAGACGCCAAGAAUUGA